AUGGAGUUCUUCUUCUUCUUCGAGGUCUUCUACUGUGCAGCGAUCAUUCCUAUCAAGAUGAGCAUCUCGUUCAUGCUCAUCCGCAUCGCAUCCCGGAGAAAGGCCUAUAUCUACAGCUUGUACACUGUUUCAGCCAUGUUCAUCGUCAUGAACUUGAUUGCGAUGCUGUACAUCAUUUUCCAGUGCGCACCAGUGUCGUACGCUUGGGAUACCUCGACUCCUGGUGGAAAGUGCAACCCAGCGCAAACACUGGCCGACAUAUACUACGCGACGACUGCAGUCAACAUUGCGACGGACUGGUUUUGCGCACUCCUACCCAUACCACUGCUCUGGAACGUACAGUUGAACCGUAAUGCUAAGCUUUCGGUCGGCGUGAUUCUCGGUCUCGGUGCAUUAGCAAGUCUUUCAGCAUGCAUUCGUCUUGUCUACACUGUUAAUCUGACCAAUGCGACCGACUACCUUCAUGGUGUAUCUAAGGUGAUCCUCUGGGGUUACGCCGAGAAUGGUGUCGGCAUGAUCGUAGGAUGCGUCGCCACACUUCGUCCCCUCCUCCAGCGCGUACUCAAACUCGGAAGCAGCGGUAGCUCACAUCCCCACACGCCUGCAGCAGGCUAUGCGAAACGACCGGUCAUAAAGAGUCGUCUGAGUGGAAGAGACGAGGAGUGGGUUGCCCUGGAAGAUGGCCAGAUGGUCAAUAUGGUCCAUGGGCAAGGGAGUACCGGGAGUGAGGAAUACAUCCUGCCUGUGAAAGGCGGAGGCAUACAGGUUACCAGAAGCGUCGAGCAACGAUCAAGCGCCUUGAAAGAUUAG